ACCCAAAGGAGCUGUUCCAGCUAAACGCCUGUUGACUUAAUUCUAAAUUCGGUUGAAAACGGAUUUUGAGAACGGAGCUGAGCGGCCUCGGCGCCAGGAAGUUGCUGCUGAGCCCGUGAGUGCCCGGUGGGGCGGGGGGUGCGUUUCUCGGUACCGGCUGCGCGGUGCCCUCUCCCCGGAGUACCGGCAGGCCGGAGCCGUCAUGGCCCGUUCUCCCGUCGCCAGGUGCAUCGAGGAGCGCUACAAGGCCGUCUGCAGCGCCGCCAGGACACGCUCUGUCCUGUCCCUCGGCGUCGCCUGUUUCAAGCAGCUCCCGGAGAAGUCCGAGAACACGUACCUGUGCCAGAUCUACAACCUCACGCUGCUCUGCACCGAGGAUUAUGUGGUCGAGCCCCAGUCAGUGCAGUUCCUGGUGCAGCACGGCUUCGACUUCAACAAGCAGUACUCCCAGGGGAUCCCUUACCACAAGGGCAACGACAAGGGCAACGAGAGCCAGAGCCUGAGCGUUCGGACGCUGUUCCUGGAGCUCAUCCGGGCCAAGAAGCCGCUCAUUCUCCAUAAUGGCCUGAUCGACCUGGUGUUCCUGUACCAGUGCUUCUACGCCCACCUCCCGGAGAACCUGGGCACCUUCACCGCCGACCUCUCCGAGAUGUUCCCGGCAGGAAUAUACGACACCAAGUACGCCUCGGAGUUUGAGACGCGCUUUGUAGCCUCCUACUUGGAGUACGCCUACAAGAAGUGCAAGCGAGAGAACUGCAAGCUGAGGGAGUCGAGCGCACAGCACCUCACGGUGGAGUUCUGCAAUUACCCUGCCGACAUGUCCCGCUACAUCGACUACCGCUACUGCUCUCUGGAGGAGGACAGCCACAGCAGUGCUGCAGGGGGCAACAAGGUGCCUGUCUGUGAGAAGUUUUCAGCCUAUGGGUGGUGUCCAAAAGGGGUGAAGUGUCCAGAGUCUCAUAACAUUGACCUCAUCAUUGACGAGGACGACAAGCUUUGGGAGAAGCGCAAGAAACGGAAGCACAGAUGGAAGCAUCGCAAGAACAUGAAAGUGCUCGCAACGGCAUUCCAGCAGGAAAGCUCAGGGGACAACAUGGAGCAAGCUCAGAACGGGGAGGAGGGACCACCACGGAAGCAGAGCUGCUAUGAGCCUGCAGCUGCCAUAGAGCUGGCAGAGAUCACACCCAACGGGGAGGGCAGGCCACUGGAGGAGAUCUCCAUGGACAUGGAAACAGAGGUCAGCUCAGACACCAGCACACAAUGGGAAGAGAAUCUGGGGGGCACUGAAAGAACUGACCAGGGAACAGCUGCCCAGAGCCCUUCUGCCAGGGGAAAUGCCUCUGACAGUGACCAAGCAGAGAAGAAGUCCAAGGUUGGGUCGGGCUCAGCCAGUCACCCAGCCACCCGUGAGACUGAGGCAGCAGGUGCUGCAGGAAAGAAGGAAGCCCAUGGCCCUCCUUCCCAGGGGGGCACACACCGAGCUGGCUUUGAUGCGUUCAUGACUGGCUAUAUCAUGGCUUACGUCUGGAUGCUCAAGCAGGGGAAAAACACAGACCCCAGUGCAGGGCCCUGGUUGCCAGACUGCCAUAAUAAACUGUACCUCAGUGGGAAAUCAGUGCCACUGCAAAUAGUGAAGAGCUUGUUUUCUAAAUCUUCCAAAGCUCACAGCGAGAAGAUAAAGUUGGCCUGGGACACUGCAUAGAGCUACAGCACUCCUCACUAAACUGCUUUUUUUGUCUCCUCCAAGUUUUGGAGUUCUUUUUUCCAUCAAGAACUUGCAAAAAAGGGAACAGGUUUCAUAUUCUUAUUUGUGUUUUAACAUCUGACCCAUUAAAUUGCUCUCAGUUGGAGUUGCCCGUGUUCCUUAGUGGCAUGCAGGGAUGUGAAGGCAGAGAUGAGGCUGAAGGGGGGCAAAUGUGCCUUUGGUUAGAGCAUGCAGAGAUGAGACCUUUGCCCCUACAGGAGAGAAGGGAAGGAGAAAAUUCCUCGCACAUGGGAAUGUGCUGAUUCUAGAGCUGGCUAACUGCAUGCAGAACCAAGCCAGAGCAGGUCUUCAGACUUGUUCCAAGGGCAGAGGCAGUGGGGCUGAAAGCCAGAUAUGGGAUCCUGAGAAACUGCACAGCUUCCUGUGCUACUAAAGCUAAUUAGGGCUAGAACAGAGCAGCCACCAUGGCAAGCACCCUGCAGGCUACUGUCAAAAGCCAUCUUAUCUGGUAGCUCACAAGACACAGCCAGAGCAGAAAAAAAAAAAUCCUUGAGUCUCAUGGAUUCAAUAGUGGAACUCUUCAAUGAGAUGCAAGAGAGAAAUAACAUUUACUGAGGAUGAGUUUUCCUUGGGUAUAACUCAUCACUGAGUAAUAGCAAAUACAAUCUCAAUCCAGGGAUUAAUGGCAUUUCUAUUUUAAGUAAGCAUUCAAGCCAGCUUUUUUAACUUAAAGCAGUUGUCCUCUUAAUCACAAGACUCAGGCCUUGAUUUCAUUUUUAUUUUGAAAGCAAGUUGGGAAAGUUUACAAAACCUGACCAAGAAAAAAAUUAUGAAAAUAUUUAAGUGGAUUCAUCUUUGGUUACUUCUUAUUGCAGUUCCAAUAAAACAUACACCAUUUCUAUAGUUCAAAAAAGUCAGAAGGUCAAUCAACAUAAAAACAAGACGUACUUUCUUUACAUAUUCAUAAAUAUCUGCAAUAUUAGAAAAGUUGUUUCGCAAAGAUUUUUUUUCUGGCAGUGUUAACUUACUAUUAUACACAGGCUACAAACUUCUUCCUAAGCCUUUAAUUACAAGUUCAGCUAUUUACAGACUGCAAAAUAUUAAGACGUAAAACUCCUUCAUAAAUACGAAAAUAGAUCAUCUCGCAAAGAUCUUUAUACUUAAUCAAAUAUCUGGCUGCCCCUCCUCCCAAAAAAAAAAGGUUAUUUGUUUUGCAUAGAAAUGUAGUGACAUGCAAUAUAAACAAUAGCAUUAAGUGCAAACAGGAAUUAUUCAAGUGUCUUUAGUUGUACUGGCAAAAAAUACCAACGUUCUGUUACACAUAAUACAUCAAUGCCUCUCCAACAAGUACAAGUCUGCUACAGCCCCUUGGCUGUGCUGCUUUUGAGGGGCAGCAAUUCACAUGCAUUCUCCUGGCUGCACUUUAUCAACCUGCAACCACAACAAAAAUAGCUUAUAACAGACAUUUAAUUGAACUCAACAUAGAUUUAAAGUGAAUUAAAAACAUCUUUGAUCUCUUCAGGGAGAUGUGUAGCAAUGUGUAGAAAGUACUUUAAAAGAGCAAGAACUGCUCCUGUAAAGUCAAAAUCAUGGUAAAAUCCAAUCACGAUAAAACUUUGUCACGUCACUAUAAAACAAGGAGUUUGCUGACCAUAUGUUCAAAUUCAUGUUUAUCAGUGGCUGUCAGAAAAUGGCCCUCUGUAGAAAAGCAACCUCAGUAGGCACAAAACCUAGGAAUUACUAGGUGCAGCCUAGAUUCAGCUUUAUGCAGCCAAAGGGAUGAGAUGUUGUGACUUCCAACUGCAUCCUUGGAAACACGGGGUUUCAGCAAUCACUUUGCAAUUUUUAAAAUGACCUUUUACUCCGGUUUCAUACUUGCCUGUUCCCAUGCAGACCAAUCCAGGAAAGGCCUGAGCUGCUACUCCUUGGCAUUUCUGUUUCUGACAUCUCCACCUCAGUACCAAGAGCCAGAAAUGUUGAUAGCUGUGCCCAAUGCAUGUCAAUUGGUUGUGCUUAGAGCGGACAUUUAAGAAAAUAAAAUUUUAUCUCUGCUGCUUUGUAAGAGCUGUUCAAGGCAGGGAAACGUCAUAAAGACAGCAGUGUAAGAGAACAGUGAGGUCACUGCAGUGGGUGCCCUGGGGCAGCCCCAGCUGACUGCUCAAGCUUUGCAGUCAGUGUCAGGCAGGGCUCAUGAUGAGGUGUCAGCACUGACAGACAGGGCUCGCUCAGGGGAGCCCCAGGGCAGCCAGAGGUGUGCGUGUGCUCUCCGGUCAGGCUGCUGGGCAGCUUCCCUCAGCCUGGUGAUCCAAAAGUAAACUACUCAUUAUUGCUUCUUUGUCUGAAGUCACACACCUAAAUGCAUCUUGUGACAACAGAAGCUGGUGCUGAUGGUUUCCCUCCCAGAAGAUACAGUUGUAGCAAAGAUAAAACGAUUUAAAAAUGAAA